UUGCUAAAAAUUUUAUUACCUCAUAUUGGGCUGAAUGUGUUGCUUCUUAGUUAUAUAGCAUUUGGAGCUUUUAUAUUCAUACGUCUGGAAGCCGAAAGUGAACUAAACAGUCGAAAAAUGAAGCUUCGUAAGGUGUUGGAUUUGUACGAACUGGUGAUCAAUGAAGCGUCAUCGUUAUGUCACGGAGACUACAAUAGCACCUAUUCCAGGGAAAUGGUAGAAAGGAGUCUUUGGCCUAUCCUGGUUAACCUUUCCUGGGCUCACGAAACCGACGACAGAUUCGCAGCAAACGAGCAGUCUUGGAUUGUUCAAGAAGAGCAGAUGGUACCACGAUGGUCGUUCGCCGCUGCGGUUCUUUAUGCACUUACUGUAAUCACUUCUACAGGAUACGAUCAUGUUACACCAAAUACUGAUGGUGGUCGAAUUUUUACUGUAUUUUUUGGUCUUCUUGGUAUUCCGUUGAUGUUUAUCACUGCAGCAGACAUUGGCAAAUUUUUAUCCGAAAUUUCAUACAGCAAAGUUUUACAAAUGGCUUCAUGGAUUUCCAGCAUUUACAGUUUAGUGCGAAGUUAUAUCAAAACCAACAAUGAUGAUGAAGAUUCGAUUGAUUUGAAAGAAAAAGAAAAGAAACGGAACGUCGGUAUUGUCGACGAUGAUGACGGCGAUCGUUAUUGUGUCUUAGGCAGCUUAUUGUUCAACGCUUUUGAGAAGGGUCCUAUAUGGUCUUUUAUGCAUGGCCUAUUUUUUUCUUUCAAUACAAUAACAACAAUUGGACUAGGCAAUAUUUAUUUAGUUGUAACCUACGUAAUAGUUGGAUUAGCUGUCAUAACAGCCUCGUUGGAUUUGUGCAGCUCAACGCUGAAACGAGCCUUUACCAGACUACAUUACUUUGGCAGAAAAAUCAAAGGAGCUCGGCGUGGAUUUGCUGUUAUUGGAGAUGAUCUGUUUGAGUGGAUGAAAUACAUUACUGCCAUGAAAAAAACGGGGCCAAAUAGAGAAAGGAUUACUCUGGAAGACAUAAGGCGACUUUUGGAGGUACAAGAUCGUCUGAGGCAGCCAUACGUACCAUGCAACGUUCAAUUUUUUAGAUGGAUUGAGGAUGCGGUAAACAUUAACAGCUUGAUCAUUUUUACUUUAUUUAUUUUCAAAACUUGAGG